AUGUCCAUCGCAAGCACCAGCACCUCCUCAGAUCCUUGGGACCAGCCUUUUCCACCGGCUGCACAACAUAGCGCCCCUCCUCACGCAAUCCCGGAUGAUUGGGACGACGACGACGACGACGAUGAUGAAGAAGAAGAGGACCAACAGAGAUUAUGGGAAAGCGCGUAA